AUGGUUCUGACCACCCCUCUGGCUCCUCGCUACUCCACAUACGGGGCAACGCUCCACGAACAGUCCAAUAGCACGUCGAUGCAUCCUGUUCGUCGCCUCGAUCCUGACGCAUGCCCGGGGAAUAAGAACCACUUCCCUAAUUUCUCAGAGUGGGAACGAGGAAUGAGCCAAUUCUGCGACAAUCACGGCGAGCAAAAGGUUUACUGGGACAAGCCACUUGUUAUGACGCUCACCCUAAACGGUCACGACGGCAAGCCAAUAGAAUGGGUCUUCAGAAUCGCAGUCGACAAUGGUAAUGCUCCUCCCGUUGGUGGAUUUCCGACUACCGGCCAGCUUAAGUGGAGCUACUACCCCAGUGCCAAGCUUUGCAAGGAGAAGUUUAUGGGGUUUACCAAGGAUAAGGGUGGGGGAAUGAGAAAGGUUUACUGUAAAUGGGAUAACGACAAAGGGGAUAUUCGUGAUCACCUCAUGCUGGGGGGCAGUUACAGCGAAAAGCUCAAUCCGAAGUAUUGGGCGACGGUGACGUGGGAAACUCGGCCAAAGAGGGGACAACCAGGAGUCGACCGAGGCUGGUGA